CGUGAGGAAGGCUGGGCGUCCAUACCCUCCCUUUAGCCUCAUCAAACUUUGCGGGAUGUGUGUACUUGGUGGUGAAGACAGUUUUAAUACUAACCCCAUAGUGAGUUCCACAGGUCUGCGCAGAUACUAUGGCUUAUUCAGGAUCGACAAUGAAAACUGGUGCAGUGAUGGGAGGAUAGAGUCACGUAACUACUGUGGUAUUUCCUGCAACCAAUUGCUCGAUGACAACCUCCUAGAUGAUAUUGCAUGUGUUAGGAUAAUGCUCAAGAGCAGAAUACAGAUACAAACCUGGACAACCUGGAGAACUAGAUGUCGUACAAAGAAAUAUUUCAACUAUCUCAGUGAUUGUGGUUUCUGAGAUCUCAGUUCCUCCUUGCCCUUUAUAAUUAAAGCUGUGCACGCUGUGAUAAUGCCCCAU